UGCUCUUCUAGGGGCGCCGCCUCCUCCGCUCCCCCGGCUUUUGCUCGGUUUCUGCUAGUCCCUAUGCUGUCGCUUGAGUAACAGGCUACCCCGAAAUCCCAGAAGUUGUUUCCUAGGCCAGGGUAAGCCGUAGGCAGGGAUGGGGCGGCUUCAGAGAGUGUGGGAUCCACAUCUGGGCAUGGGCCAGCCCCCGCCUUGCGGCACUCGGCUUUCUGCUGGGGAAACUCGCACGUGUGGAGCGUGUCCUGUGCUGAGAGUCACAACACACAUGCUCUCAUUCAGUCCUGACAGCAGCACGUCCAGGUAGUACAUCUAUAUUAAACCAUUUGCCUUUGAGUUGAUUCCCACUCUUGGCGACCGCCUGUGUAGAACUGUGCUCGAUAGCGUUUUCGGUGACGGAUUUCUCCGAAGUAGAUCCCCAGGCCUUUCUUUUGAGGCACCUCUAGUGGACUAACCUCCAGCUUUUUGGUUAGCAGUCAAGUGGGUUAGCGGUUUGCACCAUUCAGAUGGAUAUUUUGAAACAAAAAGGGAAAACAAACCGGUUGCCCUCCAGUCAAUUCCAACUCAUAGUGACUGUACAUAGUGACUGUACAGAUAGAUAUUAGCAAAUCUGUAUUCAGGAUGGGGAAACUGAGACUCGGGUUAUGGAGUUAUCCCAAGCCCCACACUCCUGGUAUUUGAACUCCAAGUCCAUUGGAUUUCAACGGGCUUUCAUUAGGUGUGUGUUGUUGUUGGUUGCCGUCCAGUUGAUUUUGACUCAUGGCGACCUCACCUGUGCAGAGUACAACUGCUUUAUAGCUGUGACCUUUCAAAAGCAGGUCGCCAGGCCUGACUUUUGAUGCGCCUUUGGGUGGCACAUUGGGUGGAUUCAAACUGCCAACCUUUUGACUAGUAGUUGAGCAUUUAACCAUUUGCAGCACCCAGCAACUCCUCAGAGUGUAGAGUAGGUUGUUUUCCUUUGCUUCUCUUGUGCCCUAAAGCUCUGGGCCCCUCCAGCAUCACCCUCUGUGAGGACCAUCUUAGGCACCAAAGAAGGAUGUGGUACUUCUCUAAUUGACUAGGCUGAAACAGUCAUUGCCAGGGGCCUGGUAAAGAGAAUGAGGAAGUAGCUAUAGGGUUUCACAGGUGGGCAGAUAGGUUUUAGGGACAAAGUGGCUCACUGGAAUGGGGAGAACAGUGUUCCUGGUCUAUUUUUUUUUUUUUUUUCAAAGAGGGCUUCCCAAGUUGUUCAAGGAAGUAAAAUAGGUUAGGUAUUAUUAUUAUACCUAUUUUACAGAUUGGAAAACUGAGGCACAAAGAUCACAUAGCUAAAUCAGUGGCUGAACUGAUUUUGAACUCUGGCAGUCUGACCAGAUUCCACACUCUCAUUCACUAAAUUAAACUGCCUUUAACAUGAUGAUGACAUCAGCCUUGAAGGUGAAAAGUUGACACAGAUGGCAGAGAGGGGUAUGCUAAGACAGCCUGUGUCCUCUUGCCUUGGUAAGGAAGGGCAGGUAAGGAAUUCAGAGGAACUAGACCAGAUCCUAGUGUGUAUAUGGACUCUCAGACUUCUCCCCGGCCAGUGGUUCCAGAUUUUUUGAUUUGGCAAAAGAAAACAAACACACAAAAAUCAAGCUCCCGCAUAGAGUUGCUAGCUUUUAAUUUAAGGGCAGCCCUGGUGGCACAAUGGUUAAGCACUCUGCUGCUAACUGAAAGGUUGGCAGUUGGAACCCACCAACCUCUCUGUGGGAGAAAGUUGUGGCUGUCUGCUUGGAAACCCUUUAAGGUAGAUUGUACUCUGUCCUAUAGGGUUGCUAUUAGUUGGAAUCGAUGGCAAAUGGGUUUGGUUUUAGUUUGGCCUAACGGAAAGGUCAGCAGAAGAAAAGACCUGGCCAUCUGCUCCCAUAAAGAUUAUAGCCUGAGAAACCCUAUAGGGCAGUUCUACUCUGUCCUAUAGGGUUACUAUGAGUCAGAAUUGAUUCAAGGGCACACAACAACCACAAAGAACAUUUAAAACACAACAACCAUUUUUCAUAAAAGAAAGGACAUUUUUAUCUUCCUCAAAAUAGGGACGAUACCAUCUCUCAAUCAAGAACAGUCAUUCCCAAGAAAGGACAGUCAUCAACUUCACACCUACAAAUAGACGUUCCUGUAUUUAUUUUUUCAUUGUGCUGUGGACUGCUGAAAAUGCCACCCUAUGGAUGACUCUCCUUCUGAGCUCUCUGAAUCAUCUGAGGGCAGAACAGGAGGGAGUUAGGUUAGACCCAAGAAAGAACUUUUCUUCUUUGGAGGUCUUUAUGAACCAGGUGAGCACUAUGUUCACCUGGGAUGUGAGGGUUGCAGAAUCAACUUCAUGGGAUGGAGGGGGCAGUAACUCUGGGUUCCUCCCUCUCCCCCUCCCCCAUCCCCAAGCAGCACAGAGCAGGGACCUUGUCUUGAGGGGGCUAUCCUCAGAUCCACCAGGGCUGUCUUAGAACUUAGAGUGACAGUCCCCAUCAGGCAGCUAUUUCCUGCCCAAAGUUCAUUGGAUGUGAUGGGUGCUCCUAUGGCAGUAGAGAGGCUUCCCUGGGCCUCUACUCACCCCUAUUAGAGGGAGUCCAUGUAGUUACCCAUCUCAGGCCUGGGUAGAAUGCCAGGAAUGACCCUUCAGGAGGGCUAAGGAUGGAAGAGAGGAAAAGAAGAGAAUGGCUGCCCAGGAGUGCCGACUGUCCCCUGCCCACAGCCUGGAGUGUGAUAAGCCAAGGCUCUGCAUGGACGGGCCUAACUGGCUGCAGCAUCCUUGCAGGCAGCCACUUCCAUGUUUCCCCACCUCCCCUUGGCCCAGGUACAGGACAAAGCCUUCUGUCCCAGCUCUCCCAGCAGGAGCUUGAAGCCAGGCAGGUUCUGGCUCAACCCUGCUCAGCACCAGCUCUGGGUCUGACCCUGGUUUAGGGUUUGUCACCUGUCCUGUACCAGAGGGUGAGGACAGAGGGUGUGAGGAGACUCCAGGGAAGCAAGUGGUGUCUGGUUUCACAUGUGCCAUCCCAUGGGUGGAGAGCAAGGCUCUCCUCCUCAGGGAUGACAUCUUAUAGAUUUCAGAGGAGGCCUCAAGACUCAUCCCACACAGUGGGGCUUAGGGAGGCUAGGAGGUGGUACUUCCAUAUUUAGGCCUCCCAUGGGUUAAAGGGAAACCGUGGUGGCAUAGUGGUUAAAUGCUUCAGCUGCUAAUCAGAAAGUCGGCAGUUCAAAUCCACCAGGUGCUCCUUGGAAACUCCAUGGGGCAGUUCUACUCUGUCCCAUGGUGUCACUAGGAGUCGGAAUUGACUUAACGGCAACGGGUUUUUUUAACGGUUAUGGCUUAAAGGGCCAGACCUACCCAAAUUUUAAUCCUGGGGUUUUAAAAAGUGAAUCUGGAUCCCUUCAGGAUACAAAUAGAGAAAAUGAGACCCUUCCCCCUCCAGGGUCGCACUGGUUGGAUGGGCCUGAAACCCCAGUUCCCAGACUCUCUGUCACUGCCCUCUCAAAGAAUGGCAGAGCCUGACUUGAGUCCCUGCUGAGUGCAAGAUUUUGUGCUUGGUGCUGGAGAUGCAAAGACAACUGCCCUCAAGAGUUCUUGUUCAGACAGGUAAGUACAAACUACAAGGGAACAGGCAGAUGCUAGAAAAGAUGGGUCUGCCUCAAGACUGCAAAACUUGAAAAGUGCUCCCCUCCUAUUUGUUCUCCAGUGGGGGAGCCCUGCCUUCAGAAACACCCUGAGCAAGGGAUGGGUCUUUGGUGCAGAGAUCAAAGAUGGGUGGGCCAGGGACAUGAGGGAACAGGGCUCCCAGUGGGCACACCCCAAAUGCCCCUCCCUGAAAGGCCCAAGGCCCCAGCCCAGAAAUGGGCCUCUGCUGCCCUCUGUUGGAUGGGAGGGCCCCACCAACCUGGCUCCCCUAAAGAAAACGGGGAAGCAAAGGACCCUCCUGUCCCAUCCUUUUUAUUCCCUGAGAGCCUCCAGCCUCAUUUCCUAUAGCCUCUGUAGCUGAACCUUAUUCCUCCCAAGUGCUCCAGCAGCCCCUUUUCCCUGACCACCAUUCUCCACCCUCCAUCCCACUGUCUCCCUAGUUCCCUUUGUUGCCUGGGUUCCGAUUCUGGUACCCUGGCUCCUGGCCCUGCCAGAAAGUUCUGGUUCCAGAAGGCCCCUUCCCAGGUGCCUCGGGCCCAGCUCAUGCCCGCAAGGCAGCACUGAAGACAUGGGCAUGAGCAUUCCCGAGUGCCUGGGGCAACUGGACAUCCGCAAGGGUGUAGUGGGCCUGGCCACGGGCGCGGGGGCCAUCUACCUGCUCUACAAGGCCAUCAAGGCCGGCAUCAAAUGCCAGCCACCCAUCUGCACCAACUCGCCCAUCUGCAUCGCCCGUGAGUGUCCGGUCCCUAGGGAGAGGGCUCUGCCCCAGGGGGCACCCGCUUCUGAGGCCUCCUCUGUGGGAGGGUCCAAAGGCCUGGCAAUCGAGCGAGAACGGCAUGGACGAGACUCAGGCGAGCUCCGGAGACUCUUCAACUCUUUGGAGUGCAAACAGGAUGAGUACGCCAAGAGUAUGAUUCUGCACAGUAUCACGCGGUGUGUGUACUUGCUGGAGGCUGAGGCCUCUGCGUGUACUGUGGAUGACAUCAGGUUGGUGGGAUACAUGCUGGAUGACGAGGACAACAGUGUCAAAAUCCAGGCUCUGAACACGCUGAAAGCUUUCUCUGGCAUCAGAAAAUUCAGGCUGAAGAUCCAGGAGCAUUCCAUCAAGGUGCUGGAACUGAUUUCCACCAUCUGGGACUCGGAGCUGCACAUUGCUGGCCUUAGACUCCUCAACAACCUACCACUGCCCGACUUUGUGCACCCACAGCUGCGACGGGUGAUGCCUGCCUUGAUGGAGAUUCUCCAGUGUGACUACAUCCUGGCACAGGUACAAGUUGUACGGCUGCUGAGCUAUCUGGCACAGAAGAACGACCUUCUCUAUGACAUUCUCAACUGCCAGGUGCAGUCCAACUUCUUGACCCUGUUUCAGUCCACACAGCCUGGGAGUUUGCUGUUCGAGGUGCUGUUGUUUGCUGAGCGUCUGAGCGAAGGCCGGAACUCACCCCACUACCGUGCAGUGAAAUGGCACUACAAUGAACAGUCUCUGCAUGAAGCUCUCUUUGGGGAUGAGUCGCGACUGGCAGAUAGAUUGCUUGCUCUGGUCAUUCACCCUGAGGAGGAGGUUCAGAUCCAGGCCUGCAAGGUCAUAGUCAGCCUGCAAUGCCCCCAGGACUUGAGAGCCCGGCCCUCCUGCCAGCGCAGUUCGUCCUUCUUUAAUAGUGGGGAAUAAAAUUAAGGAGAGCCAAUAAAUGAGUAUGGGAGAGAAGCUGGAGGGGUAGCGUCUGUCAGGGGCUUUCCAGGGCUGGGUAUAGAUUUCAUCCAGUGUAGCCCCUGCCCUAGAGCAUGGCCCAGCAUGGGCACAUGUCCCCAAACACAUCCCACUUCUAUGCACACUCUUAAGGGGACAGAUUCUCCUCUUGCUGCUUUUCAAGUUUGAAUGUGGAGCCAGUGCUUUCAGAGAGUUGGGAGAGGGCGGGUUUGAGGACUAAGGACAAAAAUAAUGGACAGGAGGCAAUAUAGCAUUGAAUAGUCAGCAUGAGCUAGACUACGCUGCAGUAACAAGCAACCCCAAAAUCAUAGUGGCUUAGAAUGACAAAGUUUUGUUUCUUACUUGCACUACAUUCCAUUUAUAGGUCAGCUGAGCAAGGAGGAAUAGGUGUGUACUCCCCAUCAUCCUCACUCAGGGACCCAGGCUGAGGGAUACUCCCAUGUUCUGUUUCUAGAACUCCUAGGGAAGAAAAAGGGAAUGUGGCAGUUAAAAUGGGCUCUUAAAAGUUCCAACCAGAAAUGACACCACUUUUGCUCAUGUGUCAUUAGCCAAAGUGGGUAGGUAGGGAAGAUUAAUCUUCCCAUGUGUCCAAGGAAGAACCGGAAAUAUUUGGUGAACAGCAUUAAAGAACUGGAAAUGUUUGGUGAGCAGAGCAAUGCAGACAUAUUGGUUAAGAGUGAGAGCUCUGGAAUCAGACUCCUAGGUUCAAAUCCUAGCUGUCACUUACUAGUUAAGUGACCUUGGGCAAGCCCUUUACCCUGUUUGAGCUUCAGCCUCCUCAUCUGUAAAAUGACUAUAAUAAUAGCACUUAUUCCAUAAGGCUGCUGGGAGGGCUAUGUGAGUUAAUGUAAGAAAGGUGCUUAGCACAAUGCACACAGAGGGUGUUCAUCAAAGAUUGGCUGAGGAGCUAUGAAAUCAUCAUUGAGAAAAUGAAUGACUAGCACUGGAAAGGGCCCUGGAGAACAUCAAACCUGAUGUUUCUCCAGUUUCUGGGUUACAGGCACUGGGGAGUCCCGAGGCCCUUUAUGGAGCACUCUGAAACACCACCGGAUAUUAGCUUUGGAAACCAAAACAGUUGUGCAGGUCAUAUAAAACCAUAACCAUCAAGUCUCCAGAAACACAAAGACUGUAAAACCAAAUACAUUCAUCCAUUUUCAGAUUUUCCCAUUAAUUUGUAUUUCCCACUUGUUUGGUCGUUGUGUUACCUGUGAGUCCUUACUGGCAGACAAAUAGUAAACCAACUGUUGCCAUUGAGUCAGUUAAUACUCACGACAAUCCCACAGGGCUUUCAGUGGUUGAUUUUUUGGAAGUAGAUCGCCAAGCUUUCCUUCUGAGGUGCUUCUGGAUUGACUCAAACCACCAACCUUUUGGUUAGCAGCUGAGCACGUUAACUACUUGCACCACCCAGGGGCUGCAUUAGAGCACCUUAGAACACCUCCUUUCCAUGAGCUGGCCCAAGGAGUCCCAUGACCAAAACUAAGUGAUAUUUAUCUUUUUUUAAUUGGGAGGAAUAAAUUAAGUAAAUUGAUGCUUUCUCCCAUUUUUUUUCCCCUAAAUGUUUGGUACCUGCCACAGCUUAUCUGCUGAUGAGUAACAGAUGGCAAAAUGAACAAGCAAGGAGCAAACAAAUAGCAUUAGAAAAACAAAGAAAUGUAAUUUUUAAAAAUAGGUCAUGUAUUGUUUGAGAUGCAGUAGCCUAGUUAUAUACAAUAAAAAAAAAUAGAGUGAGAAAAAGGAAGGAGGGCAAAAAAGAUCUAAGUCCAUGAACUGAGGUUAAAUCUCUUGCUAUUUCCUCGUGUUGUACACACGCACACACAUUUGCAGUAGUGAUGAUAAAAUAUUUAACAAGCAGCAUGAUACAGAUGCUAACCAUUGGAAUGGAUGCCAGUGAUAAGCUACCAGUCAUCUGAAUUGUUGUUAGUUGCUGUCAUGGAUUGAAUUGUGUCCCCCAAAAAUGUGUUUCAAUUUGGCUAGGCCAUGAUUCCCAGUAUUGUGUGAUUAUCCACCAUUUUGUCAUCCGAUGUGAUUUUCCUAUGUGUUGUAAAUCCUACCUUUAUGAUGUUAAUGACUCAGGACUGAAUCUACAAGAUUAGGUUGUAUUUUGAGUUUUUUGAGUUAAUCUCUUUUAAGCUAUAAAAGACAGAAGCAAGCAGAGAGACAGGAGGACCUCAUACCACUGAGAAAGUAGUACCAGGAGCAGAGCACAUCAUUGGACCCAGGGUUCCUGGGCUGAGAAGCUCCCUGACCAGGGGAAGAUUGACGACAAGGACUUUCCUCCAGAGCCAACAGAACAAAAGCCCUCUUCUGGAGUUAGUGCCCUGAAUUCAGACUUCUAGCCUACUAGACUAUGAGAGAAUAAACUUCUGUUUGUUAAAGCCAUCUACUUGUGG